UGCUGGUUCAGCAGAAGGAGUUGAUGGCUCAGAUUGUCCAGUUAGAGCGCGAGCUGGUGCACAAGAAGACGAAACACGUGCAGAAGGUCUUCGGUCUGCAGAACGAGCAGGCCAAGAAGGUGGAUACGAUACGGACGGAACAGGCCCAAUUCGAGCGACAGCUGAAAUCUCAGGCGAAAAAGGACAUGAACUCGCUCAAACUGGCGUAUGAGAAGGAGAAGAAAGCCAUACUCGCGGAGAGUGCAGCCUUGGACCAGGAGAUGGCAGACAUCCAGGAGAAGCUGGCAGUGUUUGAAGCUGAAGAAGAGGCGGCGAGGACUUCCGCCGCGGCUAGUCGAGAUUUCUUCAAGUCCAUGCCGAUGAUUUCCCUUCCGCUGAUGCAAGCUCCUGCCCCCGCUGCAGGUGAGUAUCAGCCAGCGCGGCGCACGAAAGCCUCGACGCCAAAGGACUCGAUAGCUCCGGUCCGAUUCGGUUCCUUAGACGACACGUCCACAAGUUCUGCGAGUCCAACGACCCGUACUGAAGUUCCACAGAGCAACGAUAUGUGUAAACAAUCCUGAAGAGCCAAAAACAACGCCAAAGCAUCGAGAGCUGAUGGAUAACUCCUCAGCACAUGUAUUCUAAUGCGGUCGAUGCAAUUUACAGUCACAAAAAUAGCGGGCG